CGCUUUGCGCUUGCAGACGAGUUGCCGAAGUUAUUCAGGGAAGCUAAUGUCCUAUAUUGGGCAAAGGCUUUGCUAGGUCUGGUCUACGACUUUAUUGACCAUGCGGUGGCAAGUGCGUCUGAGCCUGUACCAUUUGAUAUUCCCCGUGUCCGCUUUGUCAAAGCUGGUCUGGCAUUAUCUUACUAUCAAGAUAGUAGCAAGCCUGCAUCAAAGGCUGCAACGGCACGUGCAGGCUUUCUCCUCGAAGAAGUUAUCGAUGGUGGAGACGAGAGUUUUGUCAAAUAUAUUCAUAACAUGGAUCCCAAUCCAUUGCUCGAUCCGGAUGAAUUUGGGUAUGACUUUGCAUUGUUUCUUGCAUUCACACAACACGUGCAAUACGUCAAGACGGGUGGGCUGGUUUUUAUCUCUGAUUAUCAAGGCAAUACCAAGCUGUUGACCGAUCCACAGAUUAUGACACACCCUUCGGUUAGUGACAGCAAAGACAUCUUUGGGGGGGGGGGUAAUAUCAAGAAGGCGGUCAGUGAAUUUGAGGCUCGCCACGUUUGCAACCACUUCUGCAAAUGGCCAGGG